UCAGUUCUUGUUAAGUUAGGGGUCUAUUUAGAAAUAUUUUCUUUUAAUUUGUUAUGGGCCUAAGCCCACAAACAGAUGCGCGCGCUUCUUAUGUUGAUGGCGCCAAUCUGGGGAAUUUGAUCGUCACUUAAUGUUCUCUGUCUGUUCUGAAUCUACAGUUAGGCUCUGAGUUUCGAUAUUGUACACCAACUGUUCGUUGAAAUGUCUUAGUGAAGUUUCGUCUUGAUUCGUUUACCUCACUAGUUACGAGCCUUCUUGUCUUCACCAAGAAUCGUGGAAAUUUUGGUUUGGUAAAGCUUGAAAGAUAACGAUUUUGAAGAUGAGUUCUACUGUUUGGUGGGAAGGGGCCGAGAAGACACGAGUUCUUAUCGCUCCAGAUUCAGGUUGUGGCGGAAACAAACCCGGGGAACUAUUAAAACUUCGCCAUCCAAAAUCGGAACUCGGAACAUGCUACCUUUUUAGUAAUGGGAUGCUUCAAGAACUUCAAUGGUUUAAGCAAUCGUAUGGUUCUUGGCUCCUGGGAGAUUACAUUUCUGAAGAUGGAAGCUUAUAUAUGGCCACUCCAGUUGAUCCUGUUUUCAUUUUGUUGCCUAUUUUUGAUGAAGCAAGAAUGAAGAAAGGUGAAGAUCUUGGAAAGUUCAGACAACUGGAUGAGAUUUUAUUUGUGGAAGGAUAUACUGGAUAUCAACAAUUGUUGUCACUUGCAGAAAAGUGUAUGGAAAUUGUUUGUCAAACUCAAGAGGUUGGAUCUAUGAAAUUCUAUCGGCUUGAUAACUCGAAAGUUUUAGCUUGGUUAAGUUGUAAGGUGUACUGUUUAAAGAAGACACUACCAGAAUUAGACAAGAACUAUGCAGCUCAAGAUGAGAAACAAACAUUGGUAGAUGCUGUUUCAAUUGUGGGAGAGUACCUGAAGACAGAGCAUUGGUUGAAGCUUCUCUAUGAUCAUCUUGGCCUGGAAUUUGUUGACCCGACAAUGAAAGACACAAAUAUGGAGAAUCUUGCAACUGCAAGUGAGAAUAACAUGGCAUCCUCGAAUUCAUUACAGGAGAAAGCAAAAAAGAAGCCUGGGAAACAGACAAAGCAAGCGAAGGUAGAGACUGGAUCAAAGAAUAUAAGGGAUAUGUUUUCAAGGGCCUGUAAGAAAAAAUGCUGAAUGGUGUAAAUCGGUUACAAUAGCAAGUUAGCAACAACUAUUUAUGAUUGUUUUACUGCCAA